GUUGCCUUCUCGUGUGGCAGACUUGCCUGUCUUAAUUGUGCAAAGACAUGGUGCAGAAGACACACAUCGAGACUUUACUGUGCGUCGACACAAAGUUCUUGAGGCUGUACUAUGGUUAAAGACAAACAAUCCGUUCUUUAAAAAUAUUGAAAUUGACAGAGAUGUCAUCCAAAGUUUACCAGAAAAUGGUAUUCCUGAUGAGCUAAGGUAUGUCAUUGAUGAAAAUGAGCUUUCAGUUCAUGUUGAAAAUGAGGGGCCUCCCCAAGACCCAGUAAUGAGUGCUAAUGCAAGUGUGGAAGAGUUAGUUUUAGGAAGUGGCAGUACAUCGUUUAUUCCUACGUGUCAAAGACAGAGAAAAGGUGCGGCUAUCCAAGAUGCAGUAAAUGAGGUUGAUCCGUUAGACUGGUCAUCUACUGAAGCUAAUCUCAUUAAUGAAUUUAAAACAGAUAGUUUAGCUACUAUGGCCUUUCCUACAUUGUUUCCUUAUGGGAAGGGUGACCCAACGAAUAGGGCAAGACAAUAUGGUAUAACGUUAACCGAAGCUUUCAAACAUUUAAUGAAGUUUGCAGAGAGGCUUGCAGAUGGUAAGUUUGAAUGGAGGUUUGCUUCUCACCCUCGGUUUCCUUAUUGGGCGUUAAACAUGAAACAACGACAUCAGCUGUUGUCACAAGCAAACGUUUACUUGCGUCAACAUCCUGCUGAUGCAAACAUGACAAUGGAAGAACUGAAACAGAUGAUCAAUUCCAUGAGUACAAAUCAAAUGGUAAAUAGGUUGCAGCGCUAUGUGUCGAAAGUACAAG